GCAGGUUUUGGUUAGUGUUUUAGGCUCAUAGCACACAUCUAUCUGGAGCUGAUGUUUUCCUAACACUUUCAGCUUGGCUUAAAAAGCUGCUUUGCUGGAAUGUUUUAAAAGGUUAGAAACUCUUUAGGAUUUGAAGUUAAAGCAAUUAAAGGAAAUACUUCUGGCCUCACCAAAGAAAUAACUGGAAUCAUGGAUCAGAACAACAGCUUGCCACCCUACGCUCAAGGCUUAGCCUCCCCUCAGGGUGCAAUGACUCCAGGAAUUCCAAUUUUUAGCCCCAUGAUGCCAUAUGGCACAGGACUGACACCACAGCCGGUCCAGAGCACCAACAGUCUGUCCAUCCUGGAGGAGCAGCAGCGGCAGCAGCAACAGCAGCAAGCAGCACAGCAGUCUACAUCACAGCAAGCGACACAGGGAACAUCUAGUCAAGCUCCCCAGCUCUUCCACUCACAGACUCUUACGACGGCCCCUUUGCCGGGAACCACACCGCUGUACCCCUCUCCCAUGACUCCGAUGACUCCAAUAACUCCUGCAACGCCGGCGUCCGAGAGCUCUGGGAUAGUGCCACAGCUACAGAAUAUUGUGUCUACGGUGAAUCUUGGUUGCAAACUUGACCUAAAAACUAUUGCGCUGCGUGCCCGAAAUGCUGAAUAUAAUCCCAAGCGUUUUGCUGCUGUGAUUAUGAGAAUAAGAGAACCACGUACUACUGCACUUAUAUUCAGCUCUGGAAAAAUGGUGUGCACGGGAGCAAAAAGUGAGGAGCAAUCCAGACUGGCAGCAAGGAAGUAUGCAAGAGUUGUUCAGAAACUGGGUUUUCCUGCAAAAUUUCUGGAUUUUAAAAUUCAGAACAUGGUGGGCAGCUGUGAUGUGAAAUUUCCCAUCAGAUUAGAAGGAUUGGUACUCACACACCAGCAGUUCAGCAGCUAUGAGCCAGAAUUGUUUCCUGGCUUAAUCUACAGAAUGAUCAAGCCAAGAAUUGUUCUUCUUAUUUUUGUUUCUGGAAAAGUGGUUUUAACUG